AUGGUGAAAGCCAUUCCAUGCUGUGGCUUUGCUUUAAGCGAAGCACAGCUGGUUUUUUGGCUUACCAUAGUGCAAAGUGGGAGUUUGGAACUGCACUUCUUGGAAGCAGAGGGAAAGCUGUCAACUCAACUCCACAAUGUGAGUGAUGACACAGGUUUAAGAGAGUCAGCUCUUAAACACCACCACAUGUUGUUUGCCAACUUCCAAGGAGGCACUGUUGGUCGAACGUACCAUUCAGUGCGGCGGUGGAGGGGUUGGAAUCCGGUUCCGGAAGCAGGAGAGUCAACCAACGAUGUUCUGCUGGAACACGACGUUUCUUCGGUCUUUGGCAUUGGACAACGUAGUCACGACUACGUUUGCAGUCAAUCCGACAUGCCAAUGACCUGA